GAAGUGAAACGGUCUUUCUGAAUGUGGCACGACCUGUUCUGGUAACCUGAAGGGACUCGGAUUUCACUGGGACGUGCUGUCCAUGGGAAUGAGUGGGAAAAAGGAAGGAAGGUUUUGAAAUGUCACGAAGGAUGUGUUGAGAUGACUUCUGUGCCCUGAGGAGGAGAAGAAGGAGGAGCCGAAGAGAGCAAAAGGGAAACUAAGUGGACACACAAGGAUAUAAAGAGUGUUGGAGAGCGCCGGGCAUCACUCAGCAUCCCGCUCAGCCAGCAGCCAUGACUCCGUGUGCUGAUGCCAAGAUCCUCUUCUGCCUCCUCGUCAUCACCUGCUGCACACUGGCGGUGGCACAGAUCCCGGUGAACUGCUGCCUGAGCAUCAGGGACACCAAAAUUCACAAAUCAAUCGUGACAGCGUAUCAGCGGCAGAUCGCUGGACAAGGCUGCAACAUCGAUGCAGUCAUUUUUGUGACCAAAGGUGGCAAAAAUCUUUGUGCACCGACAGACAAAAAAUGGGUCAAAGCAUUGAUGAGAUAUGUGAACCGCUGCAAGAAGGUCAACUUCACGACCAAAUACUGCGGAGCCAGAAACACUGCAAAUUGACUUUUGCAUGAAGCUGGUGUGGACCACUGCCCACUGCUGGGGUCAAACAGCACAAUCAUAACAUGGACCCUUUAACUAAAUAUUUAAUAAAUUACUGUAAUUUCAGAGUAAAUUCAAUAAAACUUUUUUGAAGGAUUUUUGUAAAAUGUGAAUAUUUUUCAAACAACUGAGGUUUGUGACACUCUAAUGAUUAGUUUUUCAAAAUAAAAGCAGCCAGUAAAAAAUAAAAUCUGAAUGAAGUGGACUCCUGUCAAUCAGUGUCAUCAGAACUAUUUACAAUAUAAUGACAUCUUGUCUUUUUUAUUACAAAAAAAAAACAAAAAACUUUUCCUGUAACCAAAACAGACCAUAUUAUUUUUUGUUUUAGUUUGUUCUACAACUUUAUGGAAAUAAUCAUGUGAAAAUGUAAAAACACAUUAUUUCUGGUGGGAUUUUAUAUUAUGUUUGGUGGCCGUGUUUGCCAUGUUUCACGGAUGGAUGCGGCCCGCGGGCCGGACAUUUGAGUAUCUCAGUUGCAGCAGCUAAAUGUGAACUUUAUUUUCUCAGGCAGCACAGAAUAUGUUGUUCAGUGGAUUUAUUUGAUUGUUAAUAAAA